AAGCGUCGUCGACAAACGCGCGCGCGGUAACUCUGUUGGCGGGAAUUUUGACAAAUGUCAUAUCGUACGUAACAAGUGAUAAAAUUAUUGGUGAUCUGAUAAGUGUGUUUCAGUGUUGUUUCGCAAGUUUACUAUUGAGAAAACUUAUAAGAUAACUGCUGAAGUGCUGUGUUAAAUUUUAAACGGCUUUUCGUGAAUAUUACGCACAGAUAGGCUCACGAGGCGGAACCGACGUCACGCCAGAAGCGAUACGUCAUCCAAGAUCACGGAUCGUGGGAAGGUGUACCGUGGAAAUGUGGCCUUGGACUUGUGAGCUGAGAGCGUCGUGAGAAGAUGACCAGUCACAGUAAUCGGACGAGAAAGCAAAAAGAUACUUGAACGAUUAAAAAUGAUCCUGCAGUGGUUGUCCAUAGGGAAAACUCUAUCUCUGUUGUUCGUAUUUUGGAUAAACAUUAACGAAAGCGAUGGAAAGAAACAGAAGACACCAAUAUGUCCUGUGGGCUUUCAGUUAGCCUUUACGAAGCAGAAAGAGGAACCAAUAUGUUACAGAAAAAAGGGUCCCGAAGUGUUCGCGGAUAUGUUCAACGAUUGUGUUGGCAAUUUAUUUUCCUCAUCUUUGUACAACAGUUUGAAUAUUGCAAAUUUGAAUACAGUAAUAUGGACUGAAUAUAAGACGAUAUAUCCCGGUGGUCCUUUCAUAGACUGGUCUUACUCAAGUUCGAUCGGUCGGCUUUUAUUUUCAACUUAUGAUGUCAACUAUAAUCAAGAGCUAGGUCUACAUGAGGACUUAUGUUUAGUGAUAGACCCGGUCAGUAACUUUACGGCGACGAAAUGUGACGAGAAACAUUAUAGGUAUUGCUUUUUGAAGCCUUAUCCAGACGAAGAUGAAAUGACAGAUGAAGGUUGCGGUGAUCUGUGGGAAUCAUGGAGGUUCUCAAGUCCACGACCGACUUGCCUUUCGGUCUUGAGCGGUGUAAGCGGAGGUCCAGUCCGGGCGACGUGGCGACAAGCUCAGGAAUUAUGUGAGAAGAACGGUGGGUCGAUUCUGAACAGAGGCUGGAGGAAUGCGAACAAUCCGAUGUUCCAAGCGGCCGGGUACAGUAGGACGUAUCCAUUGGGCAUCAUUAUGAGUUCCGAUUUCUCUAUGUUAAGGUAUGAUGCAGAAGAUGAUCAUUGUGAGAUACCGGAAUCUGAAUGGAAUUUCGAAGACAACGUGCAUUCAGCAGACACCCUGCUCGGCUCUCUACACGACAACUUCUGGUAUCUUGUCAACAGUUCCUACAUAUUCUACGAUGUAAUUUGCGAAAGAUCUAUUCAGAUGAAAAAUAUUACGAUGAACGUUACACUCGAUAGGGAUAAUAAAUUGUUGUUACGAGUUAACGAUUCAUUACGAGAAAGCGACGUAUACUGCUUCUCCGACUCUGUGAUACACUACCCCACGAGGAUCAAGGUGCAUCGUGAAGACGAUACCAACGUGUUCGAGCUGAAGCCGAUAACUGACGGCUACUACUGGUGCGUCCACACCGAUACUGAGACCUAUCAAGUGGCAGAGUCCAACAAGGUUUUGUUCAUCAGAGAGAAGCAAUCCGUGGGAAAUGUUUACGCGACCAAAAUACGUUUGAAGAAACCAUAUAAUUUCGAAAAUUUGGAGAAAUCAUACAGACAAUGGUUGAAGAAGUUGAAGGAGUUUGUAUUCUAUCGUACGAAAUACACACAAAUUUAUGGAGAGGAAUCUCUUUACGCUAACGAUACUCAGAAAGUCUUAAAACAAUUUAAAUCAGUAACACCAGGACUAGAUUGGAAGGAUAAAGAGAUAAUACAUAAUUCGAAAAUAAAGAGGCUAUAUUUAGAUGGAAGAACGGCUUUGCUUCAUAUUGAACUGAACUCUGACAUGAUGCCAGUGAUGCCGGGCUGGUGGGAAGACAUGGAGGUGGAAUAUAUGAAGCCAGCAUAUUAUUGCAAAGGUUUCGAUUCGGUGCCGACUUUAAAAUUAGGUGAAUCUACGACAACUUCUAGUUGCCGAACUUAUCAGUGUGUGGGAGACUUCAACGAAGGUGUGCAGUGGGUGACCACAGCUACCGAGAGUUGUACGACAAGAACUCCACUCUGGGCUCAUACGACCAUACGCGUCCACACCAGCUCUCAAAAGGAUAUGGUCCAAUUGAUCAUGCCGACAGUAGUGCCUCGCGAUACUACACGACAAGAACAACCGCAUAUUCGCGAACCAGGCAGCGAAAGUUCAGAAGAAUCUACAGAAAAGUUUAGACCGAAGCCAACUCCGCCACCACCACCAACAACUACGGAACCGACGACAACAGAAUGUCAGACAGAAACGACAGAGGCUGUAUCCACUGAUACUCUUCCGCCAAUUACAACUGUUCCUACCACAGAAACGACGGAACAAACAACAGUUGUUGUAACAACGGAAAUGACUACUACGAAACCGCCAGAAGAACAGCUGCAGCAAAUUCUGGAAGACCUCGACCGACUGCUGAGUAACGAAACAGGGCCUAUUCUGGUGGAAAGCAUCGACCAAGUGUUUGAUCAGGUGGACGACCUCUUAAAUGUAGAAGACCAGCUCGAUAUCCCUGGGAACCUUCUACAUAUGCUGGACAAGCUUGGCUCUGCUGUAUACUUAAACGGUUCAAUCAAUGCAACCGCAGUUAGAGGCAACAUCGCCCUCGUGAUGGCGGACGCGAAGCCCAACAAUCCAGUCCGAGGGUUGAGGAUAGCCGCUAGCAAUGAAACUAGAUUCAAUAAAAAUUCAUUUGAAGUGCUCUCAGAAGAACUGAACUCUUCAACUCUGAACGUGGAGGACAACGAAGCGGUGGUGCACCUGCCGCAGUCUGUGGCGGAGUCCUCGCGAAGAAUCAGCUUCGUCGUGUUCCGCAACGACCGCGCCUUCGCCUCCGCACACCACAGACUCUCUGUCAACAGCAGAGUCCUCAGCGUCAAUGUUGAGAAUAUCACUCAGUUUGGACAUGGAGAGGUCGUUGAUAUUCAUAUCAACCCACUAACAAGGGACCCAGACAGAAACCUUAGCCGUGCCUGUGCCUAUUGGCACUUCGUCGAAGACGGCACCGGGUACUGGUCACAAGAAGGCUGCACCUUUAUCAGAGCCACACAGUCGGGGUUAAUGGAUACCUGCCGAUGCGAUCAUCUUACGCACUUUGCUGAAAUUCUCGUCCCCAGACCAGUGUUCUCACAGCGGGAUGAGGACAUCUUAGAAAUUCUAUCUAUUAUCGGAUGUUGUGUAUCACUCUUAGGUCUUUUAAUGGUAGGCUUGACAGCUGCAAUGUUCAGGACUUGGAGAAGAGACUACAGUAACAAGAUCUGGCUGCAGCUUUGUAUAGCUGUAUUUUUACUGGUUGUUUGUUUCUUAAUAGUUGUUUUUGCCAAGUUCAAUGAGUACAACGUGGGUUGUAUGUUGCUCGGGGUGGCUUUGCAUUACUCUGUAUUAGCAUCUUUCUGCUGGAUGUUAGUUGCAGCCGUUUUGUCUUACAGAAGACUGGUUUUGGUCUUUACGCGUGAUGCUUCUCACAAGCUGCUGCGGGCGUCGGCAUUUUCGUGGGGCGCCCCUUGCGCUGUCGUGGGUAUUCUUCUCUCAAUCUCCCCCCACUCCUAUGCGGGCCGAUUUGAAGAGAAGACGCCGAGUGGCGCAUUUUGUUAUCCUUCUGGUCUCGCUCUAUGGCUUGCGGUGUAUGCACCUAUAGUUAUCAUGUUGUUAGCUAACUGGACGCUAUUUUGUCUGAUAGUUCGUUCCGUGUUCGCAUCUAGAAGGAUUCAGAGGCACGGGGAUUCAAAUGAAGCUAUGCGCUGUGCCUCUGUCAGUUGUUUACUCGUGUUCCUUUUCGGUCUGCCCUGGAUAUUUGGUUUGUUUGCAUUUAAUAUAGUGGCUGCAUACCUUUUUACUUUUACGGUAACUUUCCAGGGAUUUAUACUGUUUUUAUUCUUUGUAUUAGGGAAUAAAAAGACUAGAGACUUGUGGUUAAAUAAGUUGAAGAUUACACAAACCCGCAAGGUGCCUGUGACUUCUUCUACUUACUCUAAUCGUAGCACAGGUGCUGGUUGGCGGGGUAACCCAGCAUUGAUGGACUCGAAAAAUUCUAAACCUAGAUCAUUAUCUUCUCCGGACGAUUCCAGAUUCUCUUGACAAAAGUCUAAGUCUAGAAGAUGCAACAAAAAAUAUGAAUGCUCUAUUCAGUUUUAACUAAAGUGAUUCCUUCACUAUAUUCGGUAGUUGUAGUAAAAUCUAGUCUUUUACUUCUGAGUAUGAAUUAUUGGCAACUAAUUGCAAGAUAUCUAGGUACAUUUGGGACCGUAUUUAGUUUAAAAAUGCACUAACUAAAUUAUGAAAAACAGUUUAUUAGGUUAAGGUAAACAAGAA